AUGGCGUCGUCAACGGCUGGCGCUACAGCGCCUCCCCUAGAUCCAUCGACAGCACCGCCAGCGAUCGUGUGCAUCGGCAUGGCAGGCUCGGGCAAGACGACGUUCAUGCGGCGCAUCAACUCGUACCUCCACUCGCAGCAGAAGCCCCCCUACGUCAUCAAUCUGGACCCGGCGGUCCUCACGGUACCCUUCGACUCCAACAUUGACAUCCGCGACUCGGUCAACUACGAGGAGGUGAUGAGGCAGUACAACCUAGGACCCAACGGCGGGAUCCUGACGUCCCUGAACCUGUUCGCGACAAAGGUGGACCAGAUCGUCGGGCUCUUGGAAAAGCGUGCGCGCCCCGAUCCGGAGCAGCCGGACCGCCAGGUCAUUGAGAAUAUCCUGGUGGACACGCCAGGCCAGAUCGAGGUGUUUGUCUGGUCGGCGUCGGGCACGAUCCUGCUCGAGUCCCUGGCGUCGAGCUUCCCCACGGUGAUUGCGUACAUCAUCGACACGCCGCGCACGACAUCGACGUCGACAUUCAUGUCCAACAUGCUGUACGCCUGCUCGAUCCUGUACAAGACGAAGCUUCCGAUGAUUCUCGUCUUCAACAAGACGGACGUGCAGGAUGCCGAGUUCGCAAAGGAGUGGAUGACGGACUUUGAGGCCUUCCAGGACGCCCUCCGCCGCGACGAGGAGGCCGACCAGACAGGCGAGGGCAUGGGUUCCACAGGUCACGGCGGAAGCGGUUACAUGGGUAGCCUUCUCAACUCGAUGAGCCUGAUGCUCGAGGAGUUCUACGCGCACCUCAGCGUCGUCGGCGUCAGCUCGCGCGUCGGCACGGGGAUGGACGAGUUCUUUGCAGCCGUGGCCGAGAAGAAGAAGGAGUUCAACGAGGACUACCUGCCCGAGCUGGAGAGGCGACGCAACGAGAGGGAUGCGGCGCGCAAGAAGUCACGCGACAAGGAGCUCGAUAAGAUGAUGCAAGGCAUGUCCGUCGGUGGCGCUCAAGCUGCCAACAGGAAGGACGGCGACGAUGAUGACGGGAUUGACGUGGCUAGCGAUGACUACGACUCGGAAGACGAUGCUGCUGCCGACGGUGAUGGCAACGGUCUGCAGUCGCGGUACCAGGAUGCCAUGGGCGACGACGGCGACAAUGUCAUGGCUGACGCUAGUUUCGCCAAGUACUUGCACAAGCAGAAAUAA